UUCGACAUGAUUACCAAGGACACGGUGCAAAAGCAAUAAUCUUGGAAGGACGUUGCAUCAUCCAUCAUCUAUUGAUGUCAUUGGUCUCUGGCUCAUAUUCCGCUUUACAGGAACUUCUUAAAUAUCGCUCAUCCCGCCUGCCUCCUCUGAUUUCUUUUCUCCCCAUACCUCAAUUUCCCUCGCUUGAACAAACAAACAAAUAAAACACCUCUUAUCAUCACCAUGCAGUUCCUCACUGUCGUUGCCGCCAUUGGACUGGCUUCCGUUGCCGUUGCCGCACCCCCUCCCUGGGCUAACCCCCACGAGCAUCACACUGCCAGUGUCACUGCCACAUCCAGUGCUACUCCCACUCCCAGCGCCACCCCCAGCUCCAGCGCCCACCACAGCUCCAGUGCCACCCCCAGCUCCAGCGCCCACCCCAGUGCCAGCCCUAGCCACUCCUGCAACUACCCCUCGGGCUUCCCCCUGCCCUCCAACGCUCCUUUCAGCGUCCCUCCUCCCUGGCAGACCGGCUGCCCCGGUGAGGGCCAAGGCCGCUAAAUGGUCAAACUUGACUGAAUCAAAUGCAGAUUGCGGGCGUGUCUUCCGGUGGACGGUAUUUAGAUGAUAUAGGCCAGUUGAAUGUGCGCAGCCGCUGCCAGGAGCAUCUUGUUUGAUCUGUACCUAGCACCCAAUACUAGAAUGGCUUGAAGGAAGCGGAUAUCUUCCCGUGAGAUACCCUACCCCUUAUAAAAAGCAAGAUUUCAUUGCUUUUUAAGUGGGUAUCCUUCUUACUGGUCAGUUUGUAUGUAAUUUAGCCCCAUCAAGACUCACGAUAUAUACAUGGUACCGGAAAAUAGAUAUUCUUAGCGAC